AGCGACCAGCUGAUGCUGCUGCCGCAGCCGAGGCUGAGAAGCCGCGGGAAAGCCAGACGAGCGUCCUUCCUGCAAACCGGCGGGCGUGAUCCACACAACCACGGUGGCCACAGGCAGACGGCUCCCUAAGCACCAGCCCUUGGGCUGAUGUGGAGAAAAGGAGAAAAUCUGUCAUUCUGGUCACUGCCUUUCAGUUGUCAAACCAGGUGGAGUUCAGUGCAGCUUUCUAGGACACCAGAAGAAAAUCGAAUCUUUAGAUUUCAGCCAUGCGGCUUUAUCAUGUGAAUCUGGGUUUGCUUCUGUUUUUCGCUGGCAGCUUGAGAUCAGGAUGGACCAUUCCAUUAGAAAACCUUGAGAAAAUCCCCCUGGAUUUCUCCACUAACAACAGCAUGCUUCUCACCACCUUCAUGGGCACCAAUUUUAUUAUUAAUAUUCCAAAAUGCGUCUCUUCCUCCAAGUUUAAGUCAACCACAGUCAGAGUAGCAGUGGCUCAACUUCCGGAUGCAUCCACUUUACCAGGUGUAACAGACACCGAACAGAUUGACAAUAUCCGUAGGGCUCCUCAGGCCCAGGUGUAUUUUGCAGAUGAAUUCAAAAGCGUCUCCUGCAGAGUGACCAGGGAAGUUCUGGUACUCGACCUGGACGAUAGCCAAUAUGAGUUGAUCAGUGUGAUAGGCUACCAGGUGGGAACAGAGUUCUGCCGUCAAACCAAAGGUCCCUUCUGCAACCAACCUCUUAAACCAUCUACUUUUUAUAGGGUGAACUACUUUUUUUUGGAUGACAAGUCUGUCAUAAGAGCACAUACAGAUUGGUCAACAGCCAUACAGACCAGGAAUGUGACCAACUAUGAAUCAGCCGAUACAAUGUUUGAACGGUCUGGAGGCAUGAUCGUAAUUACUAUUUUGGUCUCCGUGGGUGGAGCUGUCCUUCUAAUUGCACUCAUUGUAGCAGCUGUACUUUCUAAUAAGAAGUAGACAGGUUCCUUUCUUCUGGAUUGAAAAUGAUUGUAGAUAUGGAUGAAGAGCAGAAUUUGCUUGGAAAUCAAAGGGGAUUCUACAGGCUCCCCUCCCCCAGUCAAGGAAUAAACUGGUAAAGAAGGAAAGCGGCAUCGAAUAAAACAGAACAUCUGCAAUUUCUCCUACACGGUUCUUCAGAUUCUACGUGCAUUCACUUCCAACGCAUCGUAUUUUGGAUGCAUUGUGAAUCCUUUCUCUGCAACGAUAACCCUGGAUCCAGCAAAUUAUUUUUAAGAUACCUAUUGUCAGUAUUAUCCUUGUUUCAAAUGUACUAGGCCCGUGAUGGUGAACCUAUGGCACGAGUGCCACAGGUGGCACGCUUAGCAUGCCCACACUGGCUAGCUGAUUUUUGGGCCUUCUGGGCCCACUGGAAGUAGGGAAACAGGGUGUUUCCUGCCUCCGGAGGGCCUCAG